UCAUUCCACAAGUGUCGCUUCGCUCUCUCCAGCGCACUUGGCGAGCUGGAGAGGUGAGAGGGAUCCUGCGAGCGGGCGCGGGGCGGCGAGUGCGGAGCCGCCGGCCAAAGGCAGGCGCGCACAGACAGACUCUCCCCGGCUCUGCGGCCCCCGCCUCCCCCUGGAGCCAGCCGGACCUGCACCCCGCGCUUGCCCCCGCUCAUCCUUCCCCCGCCCGGCCCCGCGCGCUCCUCCCCGGCCGGCCCCUCCGCGCGCGGCGCGCUGGAGCCUAACGCGGGCUGAGCUGAGCGCAGUGGCCGCCGACCCCGAGCGCCCCGCGCCGCUCCCUGCAUGUGCGGCCCGCAGCGGCUCGCAGACCCCGGCAGCAGCCUCGGCAGCUUCGGCCGCGUCUCGAGAGGCGGCUGCAGCGGCUUCAGCGGCGGCCGAGCGGCCGAGCCCUGGCUGGGAGACACGAUGCGCCGCUUCCUCCGGCUGCUCCUUGGCUGCUUCCUCACCGAGCUGUGCGCCCGCGUGUGCCGGGCGCAGGAGCGAGCGGGGCACGGGCAGCUGGCGCAGCUGGGCGGAGUGGUGGUGCUGGCGGGGGGCAACCGCUCCGGGGCCGCCUCCGGAGAGGCCGGCGAGAGCGUGGGGGUCUCGGAUGCGCCCCCGACCCGGGCGCCCACGCCGGACUUCUGCCGGGGCUACUUCGAUGUCAUGGGCCAGUGGGACCCGCCGUUCAACUGCAGCUCAGGCGACUUCAUCUUCUGCUGCGGGACUUGUGGCUUCCGGUUCUGCUGCACGUUUAAGAAGCGGCGACUGAACCAAAGCACCUGCACCAACUACGACACUCCUCUCUGGCUCAACACGGGCAAGCCCCCCGCGCGCAAGGACGACCCCCUGCACGACCCUACCAAGGACAAGACCAACCUGAUCGUUUACAUCAUCUGCGGGGUGGUGGCCGUCAUGGUGCUCGUGGGCAUCUUCACCAAGCUGGGACUGGAGAAGGCACACCGGCCGCAAAGGGAGCACAUGUCCAGGGCCCUUGCAGAUGUCAUGAGGCCACAGGGCCACUGCAACACUGACCACAUGGAGAGAGACCUCAACAUUGUGGUCCACGUCCAGCAUUAUGAGAACAUGGAUACCAGAGCCCCCAUAAAUAAUCUUCACACCACCCAGAUGAACAACGCAGUGCCCACCUCCCCUUUGCUGCAGCAGAUGGGCCAUCCGCAUUCGUACCCCAGCCUGGGUCAGAUCUCCAACCCCUAUGAUCAGCAGCCACCCGGCAAAGAGCUCAAUAAGUAUGCCUCCUUGAAGGCGGUCGGAAGUUCUGAUGGUGACUGGGCAGUGGCGACACUUAAGUCACCAAAAGCUGACAAGGUGAAUGACGACUUCUACUCCAAGCGCCGGCACCUGGCUGAGCUGGCGGCCAAGGGGAACCUACCUCUGCACCCUGUAAGAGUGGAGGACGAGCCGCGGGCCUUCAGCCCCGAGCAUGGCCCCACCAAGCAGAAUGGACAAAAGUCCCGCACCAACAAGAUGCCCGCACAUCCCCUGGCUUACAACUCCACCGCCAACUUCAAGGGCUGGGACCCCAAUGAGCAGUCCCUCCGGCGGCAGGCUUACGGCAACAAAGGCAAGCUGGGCACAGCCGAGUUGGGCUCCAGUGACCCCCUGGGGACCCGCACCCCGCACUACCCACCCCCACAGCCAUACUUCAUCACCAACAGCAAAACAGAAGUGACUGUCUGAGCCUUCACUGCAGGGAGCACCGUGGAGACCACACUCAACUGAGAGAGGCAAAAAAUACCUACCUUCCCCCUUCCUGUCCCUCCCCAACACACCCGCCCACACACUCCCCACACCAACCGACGACAAACCUAUGGCGACACGGGAUCACACUUUUCCUGGGUCAUGCCUGACACGUGUCAGCAGGCAGCUGGGCAAGGCUGGAGCAUGGACGUUCAGCAGUACAGCAAAGGGGAAACCGAGGCACACUCUUUCAACUUCAGGCCCAGGACGGCCAACUCAUGGGCCC